AUGCUCAACACCAAUAGUCCAGAAACUUUCGUGUGCCUAUUCCUCAAGGAAGACGAAUAUUCCCUCCAUGAGUCGGAAAUUAACAUGGGUGCUUACAAUAGUAAAAUAAGUGAUCGUGAUCGAAGUAUAUUGAAGAUAAAGGAACAAAGAGAUAAGCUAUUGCGGUACCAUAAACGCUUAGAACGGAUUGAGCAACUAGAAGUAAGUUUUGCUCGAAAGUGUCUCGCCGACAACAAUAGAAAGGGCGCUUUGAAAGCAUUAUCUGCUAAGAAGUUUUAUUCUGGACUCAUUGAACAAUCUUAUGGUCAACUGGGAAAUAUUGAGCAACUUCUUUCUUCUAUAGAGUUCACACUCAUUCAACAAGACGUUCUUUUUGGUCUUCAAGAAGGCUCGGGUAUACUUCAGCAAUUACAAAAAGAGAUGCCUUUAGAAAGAAUUGACAAGAUAUGCAAUGAUAAUGAUGAAGCUAGUCAGUACGUCGACGAGGUCAAUGUCAUAUUACAGGGAAGAAUGUCAAGAGACCAAGAAGAUGAAGUCCAAGCUGAAUUAGACGCCCUUAUUCAAGAGCAGGAAGACCACCCAAGCAAAAGUCAACUAAGGGAAAGACAGCCUGUAUUUCCUACAGUUCCUCAGACAAAACCAAAUCGUCCUGUGGAAGUGAAACCAGAAAACGCAUUUCAUUCAAAUCAAAUUCCAUCUACGGCCGACAACGACAAACAGCAAGCCCUUCUAAGUUGA